UAUGGCGAUUGAACUGUUGUAAAAAGCAAUGUAAUCUUAAACACUUUGGCCAAAAAAUGACUUGUUUCAAAAAGUUAACAGUCGUGCCUAAUCGUGGUAUAUCCUAAUUUUUGUAAUAUGGCCAUGGAAGAUCUUGUAAUUGGCAAAGAUAUUCUCUUGCAAGAAUAUGAGACACUACAUAACCUUCUUCAAGCUCUUCCACAUCGAGCCCAAGUUGGGCCAAAGACGCUUGUAGGACAAGUGCGUGGCAUCAAGGAACAUGGCAUGAAACAYCUAUUUAGUUCUUUAAAAGAAAAUCUAGCUCAUGAGAACAUUGAUAUUGAUUAUUCUUGCUUUGAUGUGUCACACCAAGUUGUGGCACUUGGCUCAAAUCUUGGUAUGAUUUUCUUUUAUGAUCGUGAAAACAAGCAGYUGACACGUUUUUCUAGUCAUACUUGUCAUGAGCCAGUGACAUCUAUCAAGUUGUUGUCUUUGAAAAGUUUCUUGGCAAGUGGUCAUCAAGAUGGGUCUGUUCUUAUCUUUUCUUAUUCUCUUUCUCCAAGAUCACUUCCAAAGUCGGAAUACUUUUCUGUAUCUGGUGUKCAUACAAGUACAGUAACAUGUCUUGAAUGGAGCCCUGAUGGUAGUCUAUUGUAUUGUGGUGAUAAUGCAGGAAAUAUCUCUGCCACUGUUGUCAAAGUUCCUGGGGUCACCCAAUCAGUGCUAUUAUUUACAGAGAAUUCAUCAAUUGUGCAGUUGUCCUAUUCUCAGACAGCUCUUCUAGUAUCAACAAGGAAGAGAACAAUACUUUGGAGCUUUGCCACUGAACAACCUGUKCAAGUUGGACAGAAAGAGAGGAAAAGCCCUGGCAGAUAUGGAGCAUGUUUUUACCCUCCAGCAAGAGUUUUGAUGGAUGAUGAGAAUGAAYCCUCRUUAACAAUCUAUGCUGCAAGGCCAGGACUACGAUUAUGGACUGCUGACAUGGACGGCAAAGUACAGGCCACCUUGAUGUACAAAGGACUAAUGAGUGAAAAUCCUCCUGGGGUUAACACACUAACACCCCUCCCCUCCCCCUCACUGGCUGAGGCCACUAAAACAGGCCAAUCAUCUUUAGGCACACCACAGUUUGGCCAACUGCAGAACUUCCAUGGUCAGUUUGUUGUCACUUGGGACCUGCAUCAACUCUGGGUCCUUGAUACCUCCCCCUGUGCAUUGGUKUGUCAUUAUUUCAGUUCCCAUGGUGAUAUUGUUGAUGUAUGCACUGUUGGCCAUGAAAUUUACAUCCUACAACAAAAAGGCGAAAGACAAAUAAGAAAGUUUUCCUUGAUACCAAAGCUACCGAACCCACUUCUAGAAGUUCGCAAUCUUGUAUCAAACACACGAAAGCUUGAACCACUGGAUGAUUGUAUGGAUGWCGAAAAGAAAGCAACUUUGAAAAGAGAUGAAGUUGUUUCGAGUACAGAYGAUAGUCAACCAGCGGAGGAUGUCCUCCAGGAGGACGAGGAUGAUAAACCCCAAGACCUCGCUGCAUUGGCUGUCAAGUUACAGGGUGUUGYUGAUGAAGAUUACGGGGAUAUCGUMUUUAAGCCCAAGAAGUCUAAACGAAAGCAGAAAAUUCCAGAAAAUCAAGACAGCAGUCGAGACUCCGAAAGUAUCACAGAAGAAACGUCAGACAUCUCAUCUGAACUUGACUACCUUGAUCGAAGUGUAUCGAAUACAACUUCAACAGACGAUGAUUCACCGAGCGCCCCACGAUUAACCCUCGUCGAUGCUCAAACAAACGUCGAAGUUGUCUUACAAGAGAACGCAUCUCUAGAUGGUUGCUUUGAAAAAAUGGAAAAUGAAAGUGACUCCCAAGUACAAACUCCUACAGACGAGCCAGUGGACAAUCUAYUAUCACGUGAUCACAUUCUAACCCAAUCAAAGGAUUCUGUCUCGACACUCGACCAAGUYAUCARCCAAUCAGAUGAAUCAACAAUAGCAUCAGAUAAAUCAUCCAUCCAAUCGGAUGAGUCAGCUUUGACACGUGUUCACAAAGUUAGCCAAUCGGAUGACUCCUCGAUUCUUGAUGAAUGUUCUGUACAAAAUCCUGAGAUAAACCACCUCGAUUUUCACAGCUUUCCUCCAAUUUAUUCUUCAACGUCAUUGAACAUAUCUGAUCUUUCAUUUUCUGAUACUUCUUGUGACAGAUCUAUGGUAAGACAGGAAAACAUUCCUUAUUCUCCACAAGAGUCCAGCCAGCGACGCAUAGAUGUCAUCAAGGAUUCUCCGCAGUCAUCUGAAGAAGAUUAUCGCACAGAUUCAUCAUACGAGACGCCGCCAGUUUGUCUGGACAACGAUGGUGCCGAGGAGCUAGGAGAUACUUCUUCCUGGGCAAGUUCUAGCCGUACGCUGUCAGAAUUAGACUAUGCAUCGCUAGAGUUUUUCCGCAGCAUUGAGCGUACGUACACCUCGCAAAUGUCCCGAGAAUCCAAGACAAGUCAAACAUCUGCCGAUCAAAUGCAUUUGCUGGUCGAUAGUUGGUCGGAUGUCCGACUCCCUUCGCCUGGCUACGUUACAUUUCUCGACGUCUCCGACCUCCAUAUAUGGGUCGUCACAAAUUACGAAAGUAUUUUCUACUGCCCGACACAUUAUGAGGCUGUCACGUGGACGCAGCUUGAAGGCCAGGCUAGGAUGAUCUCUGUGAACAACUCUGGUGACGUCAUUUGGUGUGUGGAUGGAAAAAACAACGCGUUUGCYCGUCAAGGGAUUCGCGACGGUAACCURAUAGGCAGUCAGUGGCUUAUUGUUGAAAAGAACAUUAAGUACGUCGCCGUGGAUGACACGGCUGUGUGGGGAAUCAUGCAAAAUGGUGAUGUUUUUAUGAGGAUCGAUGUCUCAAAAGAAAAACCCGAGGGUAAAACUGGCAAGACUAUUGCCAGCAAUACCGACUUCGUGCAAGCAUCUUGUCUCGAUGGUCUCGUGUGGUUCGUUGACAAGAAGAAUAUCAUCCAUGUUUAUAAAGAGACAUGUCGAGAAAACCCGAUGAGAAAAGAAAACUGGCACAAAUUAACAGCGUUUUCAACCCGAUGGGCGUGUCUGAAGAUCUACGGCUGGUCCUGGAUUGUUGACAACAAGGGCUCUUUGUGGUUCACAGAUAAAGUCACUCAUGAAAAUCCUUGUGGUAGUGAAUGGUACCAAGUGUCKUUAGGACAGUACCUCAUGCAGGAUAAGACCUUACUGGACACUCUGUGGUCAUGGGUGAGACGAGGCGACGAGACCAAGCUACUCACGGCCAGCCCUAAAGCAGGACUAUGGAUCUUGGGAAAGAAUGGGUCCCUCAACUCGUCACGUGGUCAUCUUCUGGGUACCCAUUGGCAAACGAUUUCACCAACAGGUGUUGCAAAAUCAGUAUUUUGGUCGUAUAUCUCUGCACGAGGAUAUAAUGCUACUGAGGGCAAAGGUAGCCUGUGGGCUCUUCAGCCAAGUGGAGAGUUGAUCUGUUUCCAUCCAGGAUCUCGCACCCUUGCCGUAGAAUCACCAAGAACUGUCAUCAAGCUAGUAGCAGCAUCAAGUCAAACGGUCUGGGGUAUUACACACAACUUCAAAGUCGUCCAGAGACUCGGAGUGAUGGAGGAUUUGUGUCCACAGGGGGUAAAUUGGAAGAGUGUCGAAUUGUCCAGUUUCUGCGUGGGGCGCGUUUGCCAUAUUAGUUCGGGUACCCUUUGUACUUGGGCAGUCGAUGAAUCGGGUGGAAUUUGGCUCCGCAUUGGGGAAGUUGAAAACACCGACAAACUCAUUUCUCAGGUUUGGAUUGAAGUUUCCGGUGAACCUCUUCCUGGAAACCGGUUCGUUAAGGUUGCAGUAAGUCCAGACGAUGCCAUUGUAUGGGCACUUGACGACAGGUUCAACGUGUAUGCUAGACGUGAUGUCACUCCCAACUUUCAAGUCGGAACAUCAUGGGAAGUUGUUCCUGGAACCAUUGUGAAGGAUUUGUGCAUUAGUAAUGGUCACGUGGUAUGGGCUGUGUGCGCCAAUGGAGACAUAGCAUGCCGAUAUGGUGUUAAAGAAAGCUAUCCUCUUGGUGAUUACUGGAAAAAGGUUCCAGGAAACUUUGAACAUAUCUCAGUUACACCUGAUGGAGAAUUGUGGGCCAUCAAUUUGAAUGGUCAGCUGUAUCGCCGCAAAAUCAAGUACUUCUAUGGUACCCAGUCCCCYUUUAAAGAGCGCAAAUACAGCUGUCUGUUUGGCAGUGAAGAAGAAUGGGAAAUUAUUUGAACUCAAUUAUUCAAACGUUUUGAUAGUUUUAAAGUUAAUGGCUUUCUCAGUUAUUUGUCUCUUUUAUAGCCAUUUGAUGAUAUAUUUUCUCUACCAUUACUGUAAGGCUGUUAGAUAAUGUCUUUUGGGUGUUCUUUUUUAACCAGCAGUUCAACUACUAUCUUGCAUAAUGAGCUGCGGUGGUAUUUCGUAAAAAUCAUGUAUAAAGUGCAAUAAAGUAGUUAUUUUYAUAUCAUAUCGGAAAGUAAUGUUUACACACUGAUGAUAAUUUGUUGAGACAUUCACUUCAACAAAUCAUUUAGAAAAUAAUGAGUAGAAGUCGAGAURUAAACGUCACGAMUUAACGAUAAAUCAACGUUGAAAUGGUGAGUAAGUAUUGCUCAUUUUUACAUUGUAAAAGUUCUUGAAUUACGUAAAUUUACGGAAUAACCUCUUGAAAAGACAUUGAAUAUUGUAAUUAACUAACGAUUGUAAAAAAAAUGCACGAUAUAGGUAGUUGCUAUAUUUUAAAUGUAUAAAUAAUGAAUUCGAUUAAUAAACGGAACAAAUACAAUA